ACUACACGCUCCAUGCGCGUGCGCAGCCUUGCGCCCGUCAGAGAAGCUGAGUUGGGGGAUCAUGGCGGAGCGCAGGAGGCACAAGAAACGGAUCCAGGAGGUGAGCGAGCCCACCAAGGAGGAGAAGGCGGUGGCCAAGUACCUCCGAUUCAACUGCCCAACCAAGUCCACCAACAUGAUGGGCCACAGAGUCGACUAUUUUAUUGCCUCCAAGGCAGUGGACUGUCUGAUGGACUCCAAGUGGGCCAAGGCGAAGAAGGGAGAGGAGGCGCUGUUCACCACCAGGGAGUCUGUGUUGGAUUACUGCAACAGACUCCUAAAGAAGCAGUUCUUCCACCGGGCUCUCAAAGUGAUGAAGAAAAAGCCUGAGAAAGACACCAAGAAAGAGAAGGAGAAAGAAAAGGAGAGGGAGAAAGAGAAGGAGAAGACCAAGGGUGACAGCAGCAAAGAGGAGGAGAGAAAAGGGAAGAAGGAGAAAGAGAAGAAGAAAGAGUCUGAGGCUGUUGAAACUAAGAAAGAGAAGAACGAUGACAGUCCUGGAACGCCCAAGAAGAAGAAAGAGGUGAAGAAGAAGUUUAAACUGGAGCCUCAUGAAGAUCAGCUGUUUCUAGAUGGAAAUGAGGUCUAUGUGUGGAUUUACGAUCCUGUUCAUUUUAAGACAUUUGCCAUGGGACUGAUACUCGUCAUUGCUGUGAUAGCAGCCACACUGUUCCCCCUGUGGCCAGCAGAAAUGCGUGUAGGAGUUUACUAUCUAAGUGUUGCGGCAGGCUGCUUUGUAGCCAGUAUAUUGCUUCUUGCUGUUGCCCGCUGCAUCCUCUUCCUGAUCAUCUGGCUGGUGACUGGCGGGCGCCACCAUUUCUGGUUCCUCCCCAACUUGACUGCAGAUGUUGGUUUCAUCGACUCGUUCCGGCCGCUCUACACCCACGAGUACAAAGGACCGCGGGCCAGCAAUAAGAAGGGCUCAGACAAGACGGACGAGAAGGACAACGAUGGCAACAAGGCUCAGAAGUCAGACAGCGAUGACAAGUCAGACAGCGAGAAGAAGGACGGCGAUGAGGAAGAGGAGGAGGAGGAGGAGGAGGGCAAAGAGGCCGAGGGGGAGGGAACGGGGGCGGACCGCCACUCAGACACAGACAGCGACCGCCGGGAGGAAGAAGGCUCGCAGCACAGCAACGGGAACGACUUUGAGAUGAUCACCAGGGAGGAGCUUGAGCAGCACACAGAGGAGGAAGACCAGGAGGAGGAAGACGAGGAGACGCAAGAGAGGAAAGAAGGGGGUGAGAGUGAGACUAAACCCCAGACUGCUGAAACAUAAACUUCUUACAAUCCCAUCACUCUCUACUUUUUCUCUCUCUGGCCUUUCCUCCCUUCCUCCUGUGAUCCCAGGACCUGCUAUUCCGGCCUCUCUGAGCCUGCUAAGGCAGAGGAGAGGCUUCAUCUCUUCUUGUUGAGAUCUUCCACUAAACCGUACCAAUAGAACAGUACUGGGAUAGACACAACGAUGAAAAGUAAACGGCUACAACAAUGGGGGGGGGGGUCCUAAAAGAAGCCUUAUUGUGGAUCUUAUUCCUCCCACCCAAAUGUUAUUUAUGUAAAAGUGAAAACUGCCACUGACAUGUUUGCCUGAGGAAGUUCUCAACAAAAAAAUCAAACCAACAAA